GGUGAUAUUUAAGCCGCUGUCCACUCUCUCCUCAUCUUUCUCAUCCAUCUUUCCUUGGCUCUCUCUCUCUCAUCUCUCUCUCUCCCUCCCUCUUCACCAAAGACAAAGGAGGCCCUCCAUCAGCACUAAGUCUCUCCAACGAAACCAACUCAAGAAGAUUCCAAGAUGCCGGACACAAUUAUGUCCAAAGAACCCUCUUCCAACCUGGAGAACGCAAUGCAGAUGCUGAUCAAAACCUUCCACAAGUACUCGGGGAAGGAGGGGGACAAGUACACUCUGAGCCGUGGAGAGCUGAGAGAGCUGUUAACAGAGGAGCUGGGGAGUUACCUAGGGAAUGCCCGGGAUGGAGAAGGGGUUGAGAAGGUGAUGAAUGACCUGGACGCCAACAGUGACGGUGAGGUGGACUUCACAGAGUUCAUCAUCCUCAUGGGAGCCCUGACGGUGGCCUGCAACGACUUCUUCAUGGAAUAUAAGCCCGAGAAACUUGUCCACACGCCCUUCAAAAAGGAGUCAACGAUAGAGGAGAUUAAAGAGUGAAGGAAAGAUGGGAGGAGGGACUGGGAGGAGGGAAGGGGGAGGUGGAGGUGAAGGGUGCAAUGAACUGUAGAGCAAUAGUGAAAGGGUGUAAUUUAUGGUUGUAUGAUCAUCUUAUGCAAUUUAUAAACAGUGCAACUGCAAUGUGUGAAAAGAGGCUGAGGGAACAUCACUGUGUUAAAGUAAGUAAAGUUUCGCUGAUGGACACUUAAACAGGAAAAGAAGUGUUUUCCCUCUGCAACUAUCCAAAUACUUUUCAUACCACAGUUAGGUCACAGGUACGGAGCCAGUUACUCUGUGUCCUCAAAUCCAUGAAUGGCACUGUAUACCGCAGGGGUCAGCAACAGGCUCCCUGGCGGGCCAAAAUCAGCACGCGAGUGAUUUUAUUGGGCCCCCGCAAAGUUUUUAGUGGAUUUUUAUUUAAUUUAUUUUUUGGUAAUAAAAGAAGACUGUAAAAUCACCAGGAAUUUAGGAAAAAAAUGUGUUUAACUUAGGAAAUCUGUUCCCAAGUAUUCCCACGAAUUAAAACAUGUGAUAUGUGAUCAAUGUAAUCAGUGACUGUUAUUUUCAAAUAAUUAUUUUUUGGGGGCCUAAUUUGCAGUGUACAAAUUAUCCUAAUUAUGUUACGGCCCGCAGAUCACCCUCUCAGACAAAAAUCAGCAGCGGCUGAAUCUGAUUGCCUUCCCCUGGUAUACACAGUAGCAUGUGUGUGUUCAGUUGUGUUCCCUAUACAGCCUCACAUUCCAAUUCAACUGUGCUCUGGUUAUAUAUUCAGGAUAGAUUUAAUUGAAAAUGUUCAUAUUUUCAGUGGAUGUCAUUGUAACACACUACCACCAAUGGAGUGAGAUCGGGCCUGGCACAACAGGGUGAUACUCUGAGUCUCAUGAACAUAAAGAUUACAUACCUUAGAUGUAGAUAUUAUAUGUAUAGAUAUAACCUAUUCAAUCAAUAUUUCUGAUACUUAUUAUGUAUUCAGUGUUAAACAUUUUAAUAUCAUGAACCUUUUUCUUUGCACAUAUUUUGUAAU